AUACAGUUUGUGAAGCCACGUCUCCAACCAAGGCUUGACCUUUCCGACGUCAAAGGCAAAGCGUCAGAGGUACUUUCGACAGUAAAGGAUGUAGCUACCAAAGUUGUUUCCGAGGCUGCUUCGAAAGCGACAUCAAUAACCGGCUUAUUAGAAGAACUGCCAAAGGAAAUAACCCUAGGUUCUCAGAAGCUGUGUAUACAAUACAGAGACGUCCAGUGUCGGCCAAUACCAUCAGACUUCAAUUCGUGGUUUCCAAGGCCAGUCAUGCAAUUAAUCUCACAUCUUUCAGACAAGCCU